AUGCCCCCUCCACUGGACACUGAGGAUUUCACUUUCCCUCUCGGCGACGGAUCAGCCUUUAGCCCUUGUAUUCAACCGUCACAAAACAAUCUUCUUCCGCACAUGAACUUGCAAAACUCCGCGGAACAGUACUGGAAAGAUGUGGCAGACCAAAACCAGAAAGCGUUAGGGGAUGCACUGGUGGAAAACAAUCAGCUUCACGUGACAUUAACCCAAAAGCAGGAAGAGAUCACUUCCCUGAAGGAAAGAAACGUGCAGCUGAAGGAGCUAGCCAGCCAGGCGAAGCAGCUGGCCUGUGUGCUCGAUAAACUGAUGAUCCACCAGCCCAAGGAGGGGGGCGACGCUUUCCUUCCCAGGAGCUCAGCUAAGAGAAGCCUGGAGCAGCUGUACGUGGCCAGGCAGGAGGACUGCGCAGAAGUGGAUGAAAUCCUGAGGGAAAUAUCAGACACCUGUAACGCGGCGCUGCAGACUAUUGAUGAGAACCGAGAGGCGAAGCGCCCUCGGCUGCAGGCGGAGGCAACACGAACUCCGGACAGCCAGAGCCAGGCUAUUAACAUGUACGGGGCGUUCAGCGGACUGCAGACUUGCAGCAGUCGCAGCUCGGUGGAUCUGAGUAACAGCGAGCUGGAGGAAGGCGUGUCUUUCAGGACCUCCAUCACAGAUCACUGCACGAUCCGGACACUAGCUUUCCCCCAAGGAAAUGCUUUCACUAUCAGGACAGCCACCGGGGGCUACAAGUUUAGAUGGGUUCCCAGCUGAGCCAGGAAACGAUCAACUAACUACACUGGCCAAGGUCUCCAAUGAAAACUUCGCACUGCCUGCAUUGGAACUUAGCACUGUUCCGCCUACCCUAGUCCCUAGAGGUGACUUCCACUUUGUCUGUAGCAGAAACUGGAAGCGAUUUUUUUUAAAGGAAAAGAUGCAUUUACCACAAUAGAGCUGUGGAGUGUUUUUUCCUUUGAAGCCAUUGUUGUGACCCUUCCAACUUUU